GGUGGCGGCUGGGAGGAGGAAUGAUUGCAACACAAAAGAGCAGGGGAAUAUGGGAGGACCAGAAAUUAAUCUCACCUUGGGAAUCUCGCUGAUUUACGCAGAACUGAGCGGGGCUGGGCACACCUUGGCAAGGAGCGAGCCUGACUCGGGCAGGCCGAGCGAGGAAUCUGUCCCGUUGGGCUGGGAAGACUUUGAGAAACUCAUUUUUGAGCCGGUGACCCAGAACCCGGAGCGGAUUUGUGUCUGCAGCCCCGGAUUUGUGUCCCCGAUGCGCGGCCGCACCUGGCUGGGCGCUGCGCUCUUCCUUGGGGCGCAGCUCCGAGCGCUGUGGCUGGCGGCAGCCGUGGAAGUUCACACCGCCAAGGAGGUGGUGGCCGUGAACGGGACCAACCAGCGGCUGAGAUGCACCUUUUCCAGCAGCAGCCCCGUGAGCCAGCAGCUGUCCGUGAGCUGGAACUUCCAGCCCGAGGACCUGAGCUCUCAUGAGCUGGUAUUUUACUACCAGAAGGAGCCCUACAAACCCCCCUCGGGGAGGUUUAAGGACCGAGUCACCUGGGACGGGAACAUUGAGCGUAACGACGUUUCCAUCAUGAUCUGGAACCUGCAGCCCAGCGACAACGGGACCUUCACCUGCCAGGUGACAAACUGGCCAGAUGUCUACGGCACCAUCGGGGAGGUGCGGCUGCGGGUCGUGCAGAAAGUGACCUUCUCAGAGAUCCAUUUCCUGGCGGUGGCCAUCGGGUCUGCCUCGGUGCUGAUGGUCAUCGUGGUGACAGCCGUGUUCAUCUGCCGCCAGCGGCGCAGGACAGCGCGGGACAAGAGGCUGGAGGGGGCAGACACUGAGGGUAAAGAAAAGGAGAGCCUGAAGAUGGGGGAAGAAAAGGAACCUGUUCCAUUGGAAGAUUAAAGGUUUUUGCUGGUGUGCACAAUGCAGGUGCUUCCAAAGCAGCUGGUAAGAGCUUGUAAUUUGGGGUGUUAGAACAAAGCUGGAUUACAGACGCCCCACGCUGCCUGUGUGGUUCCUCUGCUCAACCUGAAAGUCUUGCAUGGAAAGAGGGUGGCUUUACAUGAGUUGUGAGUUCCCUUCAGUGGAGCAAAGCAAGAGGAUCUUGCCCCAUGAACAAAGAACUUUCCUUCACCCUCUCACCUGUGAAAUGUGAGCACAGCUUCUCUGGAAGAUGGAAGUGCCAAGACUGACUGAACAGAGGGCUGGGAGGUGUUGGAGCAGAUGCACUCCUGCACCUUAGAAACCACAACGUGCCUUUGUGUUGGGUUUUGUUCCCUGAGAAUCCUCCCUGACAUCCUGAGAAGGAAGACUGAGCAGUGAGGCCUCAGCUGCUCCAAGAAACGCCCUUGGAAUCCCUUUUCUACAUUAGAUGGACAGUGUUAGAGCUGGGCAAGGUGUGCUGGUUGUUGUUAGGGAUGACAUUCACCAGCCAGCAUGGUUUCCACAUCCAUCUCUUGCAGCUUUGGGGGAAUGUGGGGGCUGAGGAGACUUUCCUGCCUGGGUUCAGCAGCUCCCCCCGUUCCCAUUCCCACUCUCACUAUCCCAGUGCUCCCCUCUGCUCCCCAAAACUGGAACCCAUGGAGCCCUAGGGGUGUCUAAGCAGCCCCAAAACAACCCUGUUACAGUAUUUACAAAUCAAAGUUUGUCUGUAAACUGUUUUUAUGGCUUUACAACCUGUGAUGUGCCAGCCACGCUCCCUGGCUGUUACCUGCCUGUCUGUUUUCAUUUUCACUCUCCUGUGUUGUAAAUAAAGGCACCUUGCUGAGA